UCCCAUCCCACCCAGAUGCCAGUGAGCCUCUCCACGGCGCUGCGUGUCGUCGGGACCAGCCUCUUCGCGCUGGCGGUGCUGGGGGGCAUCCUGGCCGCCUAUGUCACCGGGUACCAGUUCAUCCACACGGAGAAGCAUUACCUCUCCUUUGGGCUCUACGGGGCCAUCCUGGGGCUGCACCUCUUCAUCCAGAGCCUUUUUGCUUUCCUGGAGCACCGACGCAUGAGGGCUGAGGGACAGCCGGUGCGGUUGGGCCGCUCCGUGGCCCUCUGCAUCGCCGCCUACCAGGAGGAUCCCGAUUACCUGAAGAAGUGCCUGCACUCUGUCAAGCGCAUCGCCUUCCCCGACCUCAAAGUGGUGAUGGUGGUGGACGGCAACGGCCCGGAUGACACCUACAUGCUGGACAUCUUCCACGAUGUGAUGGGCUCCGAGCGCGUGGGCAGCUACGUCUGGAGGAGUAACUUCCAUGCACGGGGCGAGGGCGAAACAGAGGCUGGGCUGCAGGAAGGACUGGCCCACGUGCAGGCUCUGGUGCGCGGCACCACGUACUCCUGCAUCCUGCAGAAGUGGGGCGGGAAGCGCGAGGUGAUGUACACGGCCUUCCGGGCGCUCGGAGACUCCGUGGACUACAUCCAGGUGUGUGACUCAGACACGGUGCUGGACCCCGCCUGCACCGCCGAGAUGCUCCGCAUCCUGGAGGCCGACCCCCGUGUCGGUGGCGUCGGUGGCGAUGUCCAGAUCCUGAACAAGUACGACUCGUGGAUCUCCUUCCUGAGCAGCGUGCGGUACUGGAUGGCCUUCAAUGUGGAGCGUGCCUGCCAGUCCUACUUCGGCUGCGUGCAGUGCAUCAGCGGCCCACUGGGCAUGUACCGCAACGCGCUGCUGCAGCAGUUCCUGGAGGACUGGUACCACCAGACCUUCCUGGGCACCAAGUGCAGCUUUGGGGACGACCGGCAUCUCACCAACCGCGUGCUCAGCCUGGGCUACCAGACCAAGUACACGGCACGCUCCCGCUGCCUGACGGAGACGCCGACACGCUACCUGCGCUGGCUCAACCAACAGACCCGCUGGAGCAAGUCCUACUUCCGUGAGUGGCUCUACAACGCGCUGUGGUUCCACAAGCACCACCUCUGGAUGACCUACGAGUCGGUGGUGACCGGCUUCUUCCCCUUCUUCCUCAUCGCCACCGUCAUCCAGCUCUUCUACCGCGGGCGCAUCUGGAACAUCCUCCUCUUCCUGCUGACGGUGCAGCUGGUGGGCAUCAUCAAGGCCACCUACGCCUGCUUCCUGCGUGGCAGCGCUGAGAUGAUCUUCGUCUCCCUCUACGCCCUGCUCUACAUGUCCAGCCUGCUGCCCGCCAAGAUGUUUGCCAUCGCCACCAUCAACAAGUCGGGCUGGGGCACGUCGGGCCGCCGCACCAUCGUGGUCAACUUUGUGGGGCUGCUGCCGGUGUCGGUGUGGGCGGCCGUGCUGCUGGGCGGCCUGGCCUACACAGCCUACAGCCAGGACCUGCUCAGCGACACCGAGGUUGCCUUCCUCGUCUCGGGUGCCGUCCUCUACGCCUGCUACUGGGUGGCCCUGCUGACGCUCUACUUGGCCAUGGUGGCGCGGCGCUGCGGGAAGCGGCAGGAGCAGUGCGGGUUGGUCUUUGCUGAGGUGUGA